AUGGUCACGGCAGGAUCAAAUUCCUCGCCAAUUGACAAGCAAGAAUCGUCUUUGUCAUCUUUAUUAUCAUGCAGUAGUAGUUCUCAACAAGGUUCAUCCAAUUCGGACGAGGAAGUAAUUUUACUAGCAACAAGUCGUCCUAAAAAACGUGCAGGGCGGAGAAUAUUCAAAGAGACUCGUCAUCCUAUUUUUAGAGGUGUUAGAAAGAGGAAUGGCGAUAAAUGGGUGUGCGAAUUGCGCGAACCAAAUAAGAAGUCACGUAUUUGGCUAGGCACGUAUCCUACACCCGAAAUGGCAGCAAGGGCACAUGAUGUAGCUGCGUUGGCACUUAGAGGAAAAUCAGCGUGCUUCAAUUUUGCGGACUCGGCAUGGAGGUUGCCAGUGCCAAUUUCAAAUGAGGCUAAGGACAUUAGGAGGGCAGCACGUGAGGCAGCAGAGCUGUUUAGGCCUUCAGAACUUGGUGAUCAAACGAGGGAAAAUUUUUGCGGUGAAGUUUGUAGCAGUAAUGAUGACAUAAAAAAUCUGCCAUCUGAAGACGUGGGGUAUAUGGACGAAGAGGCAGAAUUUAACAUGCCAUUGUUGCUUGCUGAUAUGGCAGAAGGCCUUCUGCUCUCUCCUCCACAUUACACGGGGGACUCUAUGAAUUGGGAUGACAGAGAAAUUGAUAGUGAUUGGUCCCUAUGGAAUUAUUAG